AUGAAUCCAAUUGACCCGAUCCAUUUUUGGAGUAUUUUUCAAAAAGAUGACGGUGAAAUAGUGACUAUACGUAAAAUUCAUUUGACCAACUUGUAUAAUUUACUUUAUUUGUCUCUUCAGUCACAAAAUUAUUGUCGUGCUAAUCGAAUAGUUGAGAUAUUAUUAAGGAGUGGUGAUUUAGACAUUAGACAAAUUUGGAAGGCUUCGAUUGAAGUUUUAAAACAAUUAGGCAAUACACAGAAAGAAUGCGUUGAUUUUUUUAAUUUAUUGCUAAUGAGAUCAAAGAUGCAAGACGUAAAACCAUAUUGUAAUAAUGCACUUUUAAAUGGUUAUGCUGGUUUGUUAGCUUUUGCAUUACUGGGACAAUUAGAAAAAUCAGAUCAAGACAAUGAUGUAGAUGGUGGGAAUGAGAAUGGGCAAAGUACAGGAAAAAGAAAGCCUAUUGAUGAUGAAAUGGAAAAUUAUAAUAAAAUUAGUGAACCCAUUGAUAAUGAGAAAAUACGAUAUUAUGACUUUUGCAAAAGAUCAUUUGAAAAGGCUUUGGAUUUGGAUAUAACGAAUGACAUGUUUUUAGUAUAUUAUGUGAAAUUGUUAAUAUCAAAAAGGCUUGUUAAAGAAGCUUUAAAUGUCAUAAAAGAUUUUAAUAAAGAGAAUCCAAAUAUGAUAACAGGAAAACGACUUUUAUUCGAAGUUUUGAAUGAAUUUAAAAAAAAUAAAAAAGAAUGGGUUAGUGCUGGAAUAAUUUAUCAUAAAUUGGAUCCUGUGAGUCCACCAAAUAAAAUUUUAUAUCCUUUAAUAAACUAUUAUCAAUCAAUUAUAAACAAGACGAAAGUUUCAAAAAAAUCAUUGGCUGAUGCACAUUAUAAUAUUUUAGAAUUAUUAUUGACGAGAAUUGAAUAUGGAGACAAUAAGAUUAGAUAUGUAAAAGAUGCGAUAAAAAGUUUUGUUUGGUUAGAAACUAUUCUAGAAACAAACUUAUAUAAUGUAUUAGCCACUCUGUUUGGGUUUAUUGCAUUUUGCACUGCGGAGUUAAUUUAUCGAAUAGAAAAGGCUAUACUCAAUCAUGAUGAUAAUGCUCUUGAGAAAUUAUUAGAGGUUGACAUUGAUGAUGAUACAGAUGAAUCAUCAGACAUUGAUGAUAAAAGUCAUAUUAAAAUUAUUGAAGACGACAAAUUUGAUAAUGAUGAUAAUGAUAUUGAGAAAUUACCAGAUAUUGAUCAAACAAAUAAUUCAGAUACAUACAAUCAACCAAAUUCAAGACUUCAAUAUUGUGGCAUUCAUCAAAGAUAUCCAUGGGAUAGUGUAACCUUGGCAUUUUGGAUGCGAUAUCCAAAUCCAUUUGCUUCUCAUGUUGAAAGCGUGGACGUGAUUGAUAGAUAUGUUGAUCCAAAGAAAGGCAUAUUAAGAACCACAAGAUUGAUUUUGAAGCGUGGAGUUGUACCAAAAUGGGGAAGAGGGUUUUUUAAAAAUUCUGAAGCUUAUAUUCUCGAAGAAUCCAUGAUUAAUCCAAAAACUCAAACAAUGAUCACAUUAACAAAAAACAUAACACACGCUAGAGUUAUGCAAGUGGAAGAACGGCAAACUUUUCGAGUUGAUCCAAAUAAUCCUGAACACACUCAAGUCACAACUGAAGUUAGAGUUAUUAGUAAUUUUGGUUGGGGAUUGACCGAGCGAGUUGAAGGUUUUGGAAUUAAGAAAUUUUCAGAUAAUACUACAAAGGUAGAUUAA